ACGUGUUUGCAGCGCCGCUCUGUGCAAUUGCGCGCGGGUUUCUCGAGUAAUUUUGCCGGCGCUUGUAAAUUCGCUAUAUGAUACUCUCGACUUUGAGUGUGUGACAAACAAAAAUUAAACAAGCCGAACAACAACAAUAAUUGCAGCUCCAACAUUGUAUAGUGUGUGUGUGUUAGUGCGUGAGCGCGAGCAAAAUACAAACGUAAAGCGGAAAUGCAAAAAAGACAACAAAGGUGGCAAACAAAAAAUAGGGGGAGGAGGCAACAGGAGCCGGUGCAGAAAGAGAGAGACAACAAGAACUGGGGGCUAAUGAAAACGAAAUGUGAUUCAUUGGCUUUAUCAAUUGUGCGAAAUACCGGCAUUGUUUAGUCCUGGGCGGCAUAUAAAUUAUGACAUAAUACAACAAAGGGGAAAAUAACAAGAAACUGAAGAUGGUAAAGCCCCAAAAAAGCAGAAAGUGCGUGUGUAUUUGAAAAUUGAGAAAUUCCAAACAAACAAAGCGACAAAAAAUGAAAUAUGUAAAAGAGGAAAAGUACAAAAGAAAAAUAACAAGUACAGUAGUUGCUGCUUCUUAUCGCCCACAAAAAAGCAAGGAACUUAAAAAGCAAAUACACCAAAAAACAAAAACGCAAAAAGCAAAGCAAAACCAAAGCGAAAGCGUAGCAAAAACAAGGAGCAAAACGGCGGCAGAGAAAAAGCUUAGUAAGCUGCGCUGCUGUUGCUUCUUCUUUUCUGUGUUUUUUUUGCCUCUUUGUGUUUUUUUUUAUUUUGUGCAAACAAAAUGUAUAUGAUGCCCAACCGAGAAGAAGAAGAUGGGAGAGGAACGAACAUAAUAGAAGUGAGAGCAGAAAUGAGAAAAUGCUCUUGGUAAUUGAAUUGACUGGAAGCGUGAAGAGUUCGCUAACGUUCCAAUAAUCGUGUCAGAUAGAAAGAUAUAUAUAAUUACAAUCGCGGUCGGGCCACCAAAAAGGAGCCCUGGCCGAAAAUCGGUGACAACAAACGUCGGAUUGCAAUGUUUUUGUUUUACAAUCGACGCUUUUUUGUGAUUCAAUUGAUUGAGAUCCUGCUGCUGCUGUUAACCGACCACAAUGGACGACUGACACUAACCAAGGAGUCGACAACAGUUGCUGCCGUCACCCAACCGAAGAACUCAACCGCACUCCUGCCGUAUCUGCAGAUCCAGAAGUACGCCAUCACAAGACUGACUAUCAGCAAGCCCCACACAUCGUACUAUUUGCCAUGCGUACCCAUCCUAACGCCCUACAACUACGAUCAGGAAAAUAAGCCCAUCUACUGCAGCUGGUAUCGGAAUAACGUGGCCGUCGAGCAAAUUUCCAUUCGCAAAAAUGACUUCUUCAUCUACGAAAAUGGAACACUACGACUGCCCACGAAUGAGAGGGCCAGUGGCGAAUACCACUGCAAGAUCGAGUGGGAUGAGUCGGCGGUAAUCUCCGACAAAAUCACUGUCGAGUAUCCAGUACUCAAGCGUCUAUUUCCGGGUCAACAGCAGACGGCCAACAUUAGUGCGGUGGAAAACAAGCCGCUCGUGCUGAGCUGUCCCUUCCUGAGCGUUCCAGCUGCCCGAUUUAGCUGGUAUUUUGGCAACGAUUCCCUGACCAAUGAUAACAGCGCUCUUAUUCUAUCCAAUGGUACUUUGAUAUUGCGGCAUUUGCGCCUGGAACAGGCUGGCAAAUACAAGUGCGUGGCUCAGAACGCGUUUGCCAGCAAGACGCACCGUCAGUUCAUUUGGCAAUUGCGAGUGGAGCCUCAGGAUGCCACCUACUAUCCUAAAAACCAGGCGGGAAUUUCGGAGACGUCCGUUUCGGAAGCCCAGCUUCUUCCGGCGUUCCAGAAUGCCACUAUUUAUGUUCCCGCCGGCGGAUCCGUACUGCUGCAAUGCCAUGCCGUGGCGGACUUUGUGCCCAUUAUGUGGUAUCUGCAGUCACCGAACAACAAGGUGGUCCUUCUGAGCAACAACAGCGUGGCGUUGUCCAUUACAAAUGCUAGUGUCUCCCGGCAUGAGGGACGCUACAGUUGCAUAACCCCCUUGGAAAGGCAAAAUUUCCAAGUGAUUGUGACCACAGCACCGAGAAUAUUGAGUACCUUGCCCGUCGAGGUGGUAUAUAUUGGUCUCUCGAGGACAUUAACUUGCUGGGCAGAGGGACAUCCGGAGCCGAGUAUAACCUGGUACCACAAUGGAAUCCAUUUGAACACCUCAUAUACGCGCUACAUUAGCGGCAACGAGUUGCACAUCCUCUCGUUUGAUCCCAUGGAGGACGGCAUCUAUCAGUGUGUGGCCAGAAAUGUGGCUGGUGAGGAUACAGCCACGGGUGAACUGCGUUUCAAUCGCCAACGAGAGGAGAUUAAUCCAUUGCAAAACAUCCGCUGUUAUCCGCACAGUUUCCAUACGAUUAAUAUAACAUUUGAUAGUCGCAGCUUGACGUCGAUGUUUGUGGUUUAUAUUGUCAGGAAUAAUCCGCACAGCUGGACUUCGCUCUCGCCCAUGAAGCUGAAUCAGACCUCGUACGUGGUGAUAUCCACCAAUUUGCCGGUCUAUGAGCCAUUUGUUUUGAUCACCCGCGUUUUAUUUCCCACAACCGAGGUAAGAACUGGGACAAUGCUGGUCCCCCAGCAAAUGAUCCUUAGUUCGUUGCGAAGUACUCCAGUCACCUGCUGCACUCAAGGAUUGAUGCUCCGACCAAUUGCCGUGGGCAAUGACACCUUUGUCAAGUGGUCGCAGGGCCAAUUGCACAACACAAAGUACUUCAUACUGCAGUUCUCCAUCAAUCACACCCAUCCACAUCCAUCCCAGCUCCUAGAUGGACCCAUGAUGGGCACCCUGACCCCCGUAGAGGAAAAAGCCGACGAAGUGCGUCGCCAUCUGACCGUAAUUCAACCUCUAAAUCAAUCAGCGUCUGCCAUAGUGCUGAGAAAUGCAGAACACGAAGUGCUAGACAACGAAACGGACGACUUGACCCUGGACUUGGAGGAGGACAUAUUCAGCAUGGUGGUAAAAGCUAGUGUUACGGGAAUGCUCCUGCAGCAUUUUACACGCAUCAAAAUGAGAGUUCUGAUCAUCACCAACGAGAAUGAGUUCUUGGGUCAGGACUUUCGCUACGUUCAGUGGAAGAUUAUUGAGAACGGCACUUCGGAGCAGGCGAAUCAGCCCUUUCGUCUGAUCACUAUAGAAUCUCGGGCUUUAGCUUUUAAAUUUCUGGACAGUCUGAACGAGACCUGCGUGUGGGAGUGUCACACAGUGAUACAAAAACAAAUGCCAUCCCCCAGGCAAGAGACAGAGUGCAAGGGCCGCAACAUUUCCAACUCGAUGUUGUUCGUCACCGGUCUCAAGGCAGAUCGUCGUUACAAUCUGCAGUUUUCCAACUGUGAGACGCGCAUUUUCUAUGGAGAGAUAGAUGUGACGACACAACAGGAUCCUCCCGGCACCGUCAGCAAGUCGAGGCUGAUUAAACAGAAUGGCCUGAAGCUGGUGUGGGAGCCUCCUGCUGAUCACGGUGGUCGUGUCCUUUACUACGACAUUCGGUGGUCUCUGGACAAUGUCUCCCAUGAGGAUAUUGUUAAGGCGUGCACCUCCUGUUCUUUUAAGUUUCCAAAUGUCUCAGAGACGGCUAAAAUUCAUGUGACUAUCCGAGUGAUGGGCGAUACUGGAGCAGGCGCUCCCUUGUAUUUCGACAUGAUAAAUAAUAACCACACAUUGCUGGAGAAAGACAGGGAAACGUCCCACUCGGAGGUUUACAGUGGGAUUGCCAUCGGCUCAUUGCUGUCCCUUGCCUGUGUAUUUCUCUUCGGGCUGUUUAUAAUUUUCCAGCAGCGCAACUUCAAGGCCCGCGCCCAAGGACCCACCCACCUGACCACACCCACGGAUAUAAAUUUCGGUAAUCUGAGCAGUGCCUCGGGAAUGCCGGGAGAUAGUGCCGGAGGUCUGAGUGGCGGCACAUUGCAGCAUGAUUGCCACGAAAUGCAGACACUUAUUCCGCGUUCGCGUUACCACAUCGAAUUGCUGCCGGAGCAUACGUUGGAAUACCAGACGAGUUCGGCUGCCGUAGCAGUCGUCCAUCUGGCCAAUGGCAACGGGAGUGUCCAGGUGGCGAGACGUUCUGAUCAGGAUGGUACAGCUCAAGUAGAUCUGGGCAUAGCCGGGGUGCACAACCUAUCGCAGUUACCGCUGUGUGGAGGUGGAGGAACUUCACCGGAGCGGAAGACCGUUCAGGAUGCCAUGUUGCAGGAGGCAAAGGCGUUCUAUAUACCCUAUCGGCAUACGCCACCCAAUGCAGUGGCUUUGAGCAGCUCCAAACAAUGCCCUGUGUCCAGUGGCUCUGAACUGGAGGUCAUAGUGCCACCCAACUCACUGCCUUUGGUGACCACAAUGCCGGGACUGGGUGUGGCCGGCGGGGGAGGAGGUGGCUCCAGCCGGCGAAGUGGAAGCCUAAGCAGCAGCAGUGCCAGCAGCACCAGCAACGGCAGCAGCAAGAAGCAAUUCCACACCAAUUUUGUGCGCCACUCGAAUUCCAACGAUGGAAUUUGCCUGCUGGCCGAGGAGGAGGCAGCUGCCACAUUGACACCCACAUCGGAACGUGAAUAUGCGGCCGUGUGUCUCACCAACGGUUUCAAACUGCCCGCCGAUGUGGCCAAAGCGGGUGGUGCAUAUACCACCAAUAAUAACAAUAGCAGUAGCAGCAGCAACUGCAGCCAGAAAUCAGCAACUGCCAAGGAGCGUCAGCCGCGAGGCAAUGGCAAUCCGAUCUCGUUCAGCCACAAUGCAUCCAUAGUUCCUGCCAACGGACCCGUGUCCGUUAACCAAUCCACAACAGUCAAGCAAUCUUGGCCAGCGGCGUCAGUGGUCCAUCGACGGGCCCAGGUGGAUCCCAAUGGGUGAAGCAAACAGUAUUUUUAUGAAGCUACCACAUAGAAGCAAACAAAACAAAACAAAAGGAUAAUUACAUUCACAGCUCGAAACAUUCCAAAAGAAUAUUGAUAUGGAGAUGAAGGAUUAAGGAUGAAAAUGAAAAUUAAAGAUCACUAUGCAUUUAGGUAGAUGGUGAUGUUAGGCAUUUAUAAAGAGUACAUUUUAUAAAUGUAAAUAUUUAGUAACUGAUACUAUGGAACUAUGGGAGAAAUGAUUAUUUAAGCUGAUAUUUAUACACAUGUAUCUACAAACAGGUGUACAAAACAUGUACGCUAAGUUGUAUGCUAUAGUUUUGUCGCGAUUAUACAUGUAUACCAUACUUUUGUAUUUGUUUAGUAUUUGUUUGUUUUUUCGUUAAUUGAGGCUAAUUUUUACUUGUAACUUCUCAUACAUAUGAACAUAAUUUAUUGUUGCUUUCGAUGCAAACACAAAACACACAGAAAUACAUAGCAAUAGACCGCGCAGCCCGCAAGUAUGCAUUACAAUAUUUGUCGCUGAUAAUUACUACGUUUAACAAUUGCUUCGUAAUUGCCGCAAAAAAUUCAAUUACACUCACAUAGUAGAAAAUACGCAAACAGAAAAGCCAAAAAACCACAAACACUGCAAUAGCCCACACUCAACCACAAUAGUCACAAGUGUUCACAUCGAUUCCGAUUUAAAACGUAAUCUAUUCAAUAAUAUUUGUAAUUUUAUUUUUUUUAUAUUUGUCUUUUUAAGCGAAAUGUUUAAUGUUUAAUUUCCGCAUAUUUACUGCUGCAUUUUGUUUUGUUUACAUAACCGAUAUAUCAAAUGUACCUGAUUAUAUUCAUUUUGCAUUCUUGUUUUUGUGCUCUCGCUCUCACACUCUUUCCCAAAAAACAUAAUACAACACAAUUCCAAUUUGUGCACACAAACGAUACUGCAUAACUCUAUAAUAAGCCACAAAAUCAAUCGCAUUGCAAUCGUACUGUAACCAUGUAUUAAAUUCACCAACAGUACCUCGACAGAACCUGCAGCAACGCCAAAAGAAAAUUCACGUAACAGAGCUCUCCUUGUCCUGGUUCUUUCCACUGAUAUUAUUUUUGAUAGGAAUGGAGUUAGGGGAAUUCAAAGGAGCAGCCCAAAACGCGUAUUUGUCAACGGGUUCGAGUAUGACGAUGUAUUUUGUGAAUUGUUGUUCAGUGUGAAACGAGAUGCGAUAAUCUUUACAAGAUUCAGAAACACAACCAUACACACUUACCCAAAAACCCAACUAUAGAUGAUACAUUCCACAGACGUAUGCAUGUCACAGAUACACAGCAUACACACAUAAACAGGACACGAUUUUAAUGAUUAUUGAAAAAAAUACGAAAACAUAUAUAUUCAAUGUGAACGAAAUGUGUUUGAAAACUGUAACUGUAACUGUAACUGUAUACGUAUUUAGAGUCUAAGUGCAAUACCAACAAAUAAUUAAAUAGCAAAAGGUAACCGUUAAGAUCCCUGAGGCAGAACAAACCAAUAACUAUAAACAAUAGUACCUUUCCACUCAAGCAGAAGCAACGUUCAAAGUAGACUCACAUCGAACCCAGUUAGUUGCGAAUUCCAUCCCAACUUAGAUCAUCAGUAAACAAACAAUCUGAUUUGUGUCCAAUGUGAACAAAGCCGCAGACUUUGCAAAGAAAUUAUCAACAUGUAUAGCCGAAUAAUUUUACCGUUUACAAAAUUAAAAGUGCAUGAAAUCCUCAAAAUGAACUUUAACCUACGAAAAGCAUUUAGAUACACACAAAAAAUAUUCCGAAAAAGAACAACUCAAAAUUCCUAAAAAUAAAAACAAGAAGAAUGAAGGAAAAUCAAUUUUAAACGUUACAAAAAUUAAGAAAAGAAAAAUAAACUAUUAUAUGCAGCAAAAGGCACAAAAGAAAAUUUAUGUACUAAAGUUAUAUAAUUAGACGUAAGAAAUCCAUAUAAAUGUACGUGUUUGGAAAAAGAAAACAAAAAGCGAGUAUAAAACGCGGAGGAAAAAUGGAGAAAAUAAGUAAAAAAAUAGCUGCGAUUGUGAUCGCCGUGUAAGUGGAUGUGAUAAAUGUUUAAAUUAUUUAAGCGCAAAAACAAUAAAGAGAUAAAGAAAUUAAAUAUUAGAAAGACAGCAGAUAGAAACGCGUUUUGCGACUUUUGCAACGGUUUUUGGCCAACGGAAACCACUCAAUAACUAAGAGUCCACUAAAAUUGUAAGCAAACUUAUGUUCUUAUAUUUGGCGAAACUGCUGCUCCUAGCACACUCUCUACUAAGUCACGCAUAAAAAAGGACAAUUUAAUAUGCGUAUAUUUUUAUUUUUGUAAUUUUAGUUUGCAUUUAAGUCCACAUUUUGUAUACCUCAUUAGUAGAGUGGCAAGAAACUAAAUUUUGUAAACAUAUUUAGGCUUGGUUUCCUCGUUUUACAAUCAGAACGGCAUAUUUGAACUAUUCAUAACUGAACAAACGAAAACUAAUGUAUUUUUUAUGCAAUUUAUAUGCAUUGUACAUGCAGGCGAAAUUAAUUAUUUGAAGCAACUAAGCUGCCAACGAUUCGUGUUAAAGAUUUCGAUGCAAGUAAAUUGGCAACUACCAACCAACAAGGCCAAAAAAGGACAAGAAAAAUUUGCAGAGCUAAAGAGUCUAAGAGAAAAGUGUAAGAAAGCUCGGUGUUUGUUUAGAGAAUACAGAAGAUAUGGCAAAAAAAAAAUGAAUGCAACCUUAACUAUUGGAAAAAUAUACUAAAAAUAAGUUAUGAUGAAAACAUA